GGCAGCAGCAAAAGAAGAGGAAGAAGAAGACGGAGGAGGAGGAGGAGGAGGAGGAAGAGGAGCAGCAGGAGGAGAUAGUGAAAGAUUGUAAAGGGCAAAGAGAUGAUCUGGAUAGAGACAGAGAUCGGACGAGGGGUAGAAGUAGGAGGGAGCUUUAACUAUGGAGGAUUUCUUCUGGCAGGUCUGCUCUGCCUUCUGACGUCCUGGUAUCUGUUCUACAUUGUGCGGCGGCUUCCUGUUGGUGUCACUCGCUUCAUUGCCUCGCUGCCAGUUCUGGUCACGUACGGCUACCUGCCGCUCAUUUUCGACAGGCAAACGCAUGCCCUGUGGAUCCUGAUGCUGUCUGGUAUACUGACUUGGGCGGCAUCUUUCAAAGUGGUGAUGUUCUGUUGGGGUUUCGGGCCAUUACUCGUUCCCAAUCCCCCGCCCGCGGUAGACAGCAACUUCUGGAUUUUCACCGCCGUUCUCUCGAGCCCCAUCCGCGUUCAUCCUAAUCCCAUCAAAAGACGAUGUGCAGUACCAUCAGCAGCAGCGGCAGCAGGAGCCGGAGGAGGAGGAGGAGGAGGAGGAGGAGGAGGAGGAAGAACAGGAGGUACGUUGUCAGAGUUCCAACGAGAGGGGGAAUCAGCAACAGCGACAGGAACUGGUACAGCGAAUUGGAGAGCGGUAGAGAGAGAGGAAAAGGUGGGGAAGUGGACGGAGCUGGUGACACGUAGCACUGUCCGACUUGCGAUACUGACAGUUGGCGUGAUUGUACUCGCGGAUUACAAGGAGAGACUUCCUAGACAUUUCUUCAUGCUCCUGUACGCAUUUCUGCUCGAUAAAUCCCAUGAACUGGUGGAAGAAGUGGUGGGAGGGCUAGUCGCCUGCACGCUCAAGUUGCAGCUCCUACCAACGGAGGGUAGAGGUAGAGGAGGAGAAGGAGGUGGUGAAAGAGAGAGAGGAAGAGGAGGAGAAGGAGGAGGUGAAAGAGAGAGAGGAAGAGGAGGAGAAGGAGGAGGUGAAAGAGAGAGAGGAAGAGGNGUGAAAGAGGGAGAGGAAGAGGAGGAGAAGGAGGAGGUGAAAGAGAGAGAGGAAGAGGAGGAGAAGGAGGAGGUGAAAGAGAGAGAGGAAGAGGAAGAGAACUGGGAGAGAAUGGGGCAGGGCGUCAUCCAUAGUCGAACACGAAAAAGUGAUGCCGAUCACCAUGAUGAUGGAGGACAUAGCGAUGGUGGAUAUGGCGAUGGGAAUCGGGAAGCGGACGAGAAGAGGAAAGGCUUACGGACGCCUGUAAUUGCUCGUAUGCUUGCGGCUAUGGCAGUCUUCUUCGUCUCCGGUGGGAUGCAUGAGGUCAUGUUGUGGUACGCGUCUGGGACUGCGACGUGGCAGUUUGCCUCGUUCUUCUGGCUCUGUGGAGUUGUGGUCUGCAUCGAGUCCGGAUUACGUAAAGUCCCUCGCUGGCGAGCUGUGAACCUUCCUCGUCCUCUUGCGAUCAUGUUGACCAUCGGGUCACUCUUGGCUAUGGCGGACAAGCUCUUCUUUCCUCCUCUUGCCCGGACAGGUCUCGACGUAGUGGCCAUACAUCAGUCGCGGGAGGUCCUGUACCGAUUGCUGAAAAUCUGAGUGAGAAUCUCUUUUACAUGAAUUUCUU